AAAAAAAAUAGUACGAUGGAUUACACAUACGACAUGCCAUUUGCUUGUCCAACACUACAUUACACAUCUGACCUAAUACGCGUAACCAAUUCAUACAAAUAACUUAAUUAAAUUAAUUAAUCUAAUUAAUUUUGCUUUUCCCUCUUCUCUUCCCUUCGCGUUUGAAAGCCCCCCAAUAUGUUCGAUUCCUCCACUCGCAUUUCUCCAUCGCCACGCAUUUUCCUUUCCAAAUCCCCAAACCUUCUCUCUCUGCAACUCUCAAAUCCAUGGAUUCCGUCCAGUCCUUCAAGGGCUACGGCAAGGUCGACGAGCUCGAGCAUCAAGCCUUCCGUCGGAAAACGCGCCGCCGACUCAUCAUUCUUCUUCUCUCCAUCGUUCUCCUAAUCGCCGUUGUCAUCGGUGCCGUCGCCGGCAUUCUAAUCCGUAACCGGAACUCCUCCUCCUCCCCGCCCACCACCGCCGGUCCUCCCACAGAGCUCACUCCCGUCGCCUCGCUCAAAAGUCUCUGCAGCGUCACUCAGUAUCCCAGCUCCUGCCUCUCCUCUCUCGCAAACUCCAACACCACCGAUCCCGAGAUUCUGUUCAAGCUUUCUCUCCGCGUCGCCUCCGAUGCGCUCUCCAAACUCGCCGAUUACUCCUCCACCCUCGCUUCCACUACCGAUGACCCGAAAAUCAGAGACGCAAUCGGAAUCUGCCGGAGCGUUUUCGAAGACGCCAUUGACACUCUGAACGACACCGUUUCGUCCAUGGAAGUGGAUCGCCGUGGCCAGAAGUUCUUGUCGCCGUCGAGGAUUGAAGAUCUGAGAACCUGGCUCAGCACCGCCAUCACCGACCAGGAGACCUGCCUCGACGCCGUCCGAGAUCUCAACCGGACGGCGGUUCUAGAAGAUUUACAAGCAGCAAUGGGGAACUCUACCGAAUUCGCCAGCAAUAGCUUAGCGAUUGUGACUAAAAUUCUGGCCGUGUUGGCCAAUUUCAACAUCCCAAUCCACCGGAAGCUGAUGGGGUUCCCGGAGUGGGUGAGCCCCGGCGACCGGAGGCUUCUGGAGGAGAACAAUGUGACGACGCACGUGACGGUGUCGAAAGAUGGGAAAGGGGACUUCUCGACGAUCAAAGAGGCCGUAGCGGCGGUGCCAAAGAAGAGCAAAGAAAGAUUCGUCAUAUAUGUAAAAGAGGGAGUAUACGAAGAGAAUGUGAUUCUGGAUAAGAGCAAGUGGAAUGUUAUGAUGUAUGGAGAUGGCAGAACCAAAACCAUUGUUUCCGGCCGCCUGAACUUCAUCGACGGCACUCCCACCUUCUCCACCGCCACUUUUGCUGUGGCUGGCAAAGGGUUCAUUGGUAAGGACAUGGGGUUCGUUAACACCGCCGGUCCGGCGAAGCACCAGGCCGUCGCCUUCCGGUCAGGCUCCGAUCUCUCUGUAAUGUACGGCUGUUCUUUUGAUGGCUAUCAAGACACUCUCUACACCCACUCAAACCGUCAAUUCUACCGCGACUGCGACAUCAGUGGCACCAUCGACUUCAUCUUCGGCAACGCGGCGGUGGUGUUCCAGAACUGCAACAUCCGGCCAAGGCAGCCGCUCCCCAACCAGUUCAACACCAUCACGGCCCAAGGCAAAAAGGACAUCAACCAGAACUCCGGCAUUUCCAUUCAGAAAUGCACUUUCGCUGCCUACAACGACAGUCUCAGCGCCCCCACUUACUUGGGGCGGCCAUGGAAGGAGUUCUCCACCACCGUGAUUAUGCAGUCCGGGAUCGGUGGGUUCCUCCAGCCGGUCGGGUGGAAGGAAUGGGUCAGCGGGCAGGACCCACCCAGCACCAUAUUUUACGGCGAGUAUCAAAACAGUGGGCCGGGAGCGAACGUGGAGAAGAGGGUUAAAUGGGCCGGUUACAGGCCCAGUCUUACCGACGUCGAGGCCGGAAAGUUCACCGUUGGGUCCUUCCUCCACGGCGAGGAUUGGUUGCCGGCGGCCAGUGUAAAAUUUGAUACAUCCUUGUGAUCAAAGUCUCCCUUUAAGGGAACGACAACACAUAGAAUAAGAAAAAUCACACGUUGAGAAGUUUAAAUUAAUGUAAUUUUUUUUCCCAUUUUUGUUGGGAUUUUUCUUGCCCCGAGAUAUUCUUUGUUAUAGCCAAUUGUGAAGUUAGAUUGGAUUACGACGUCGUUGAAUGUUUGCUUUUUAAGUUCAAUAUAUAAAUGCGUGAAUUCUUGUGGAUGGAUA